UAGGAAUAGGAAAUAGAGAGAGUAGUUGAGUCCUAAAAAGAAGGAGAAGGUGAAUGAGUGGCAAGAAUUGAAUGGAAGUAAAGCAACGGUAGAGCGUGCAUCGUCCUUCUAUUAUAUUUGAAGGUCACAAAUGCAACACAAACACUACACAAACAAGAAACAAGGUAAAACAAUUAUUAAGGAAAGAUGUCGUGGCAAACUUAUGUUGAUGAACAUUUGAUGUGUGAUAUUGAUGGCACCGGACACCACCUCUCUGCUGCUGCCAUCAUUGGUCAUGAUGGCUCUGUUUGGGCUCAGAGUUCUUCAUUCCCUCAGAUUAAGUCUCAAGAGAUCACUGGUAUCAUGAAAGAUUUUGACGAACCAGGUACUCUUGCUCCUACAGGCUUGCAUCUUGCUGGAGUCAAGUACAUGGUCAUCCAGGGAGAGCCUGGAGCUGUCAUCCGUGGGAAGAAGGGAUCUGGAGGCAUCACCAUAAAGAAAACUGGUCAAGCAUUAGUUUUUGGUGUCUACGAGGAACCUGUAACUCCUGGACAAUGCAACAUGGUUGUUGAGAGGUUGGGAGAUUACCUCGUCGAUCAGGGUCUGUAGACCUAAACCAAAUGAUUAUUUCAUCAUUUGUUUCUUAAUUGGAUAUUAUAUACUUUUUCUUUUUUUCUUUUUUCUUUUUUGGGUUUGUAUUUACUACAUUGCAACCCUGAAUUGGGAGUUGUUGCAGAUAAUAACAAUUUGAGACUUAAACAA